AUGGAGAGGAUUUACAAUGCUAAAGGGUGUCCGGAUGACAAGAGACUAGCUUUUACCGAGUAUUUGUUGACUGGAGAGGCUAGUUAUUGGUGGACAAGCAUGAAGAUGAUAUUAGCGGACAACAAAACUCCCAUUUCUUGGGAAGUUUUCAGAAUCAAAUUUUAUGAAGAAUACUUCCCAGACAGCGUUCGAUUCGCUAAGGAAGUUGAAUUUCUUCAGAUGAAGCAGGAAGGGAUGUCGGUAUCUGAGUAUACCAAUAAGUUUAAACACUUGGUUUGGUUUAACACUAUGACUACAAGUGAGGAGUGGCGGUCCCGAAAGUUUGAGAAUGGGUUGAGAAGUGAUUUGAAGCUAUUGAUCUCAAGUUUGUGCAUUAAGUCUUUUCCUGCCAUGGUGGAAAGGGCUAAAGUAUUGGAGAAGAAUAUUCUGGAGGUCGAACAGUAUAAGAAGCAACAGCAGACGGCCAGAGGACCAAUUAUUUACAAGAACGCUUCAGGUUUGAAG